AUGGUCUCGCGAGCCCUCUCCGCAUCGCUCGGCCGCACAUUGCGGUCAUCCGUCCGCCGCCCGGCGCUCCGGACACUGGCGACGGCGGUCCCGUCCUCGCCUCUGACGCAGGUGACGACGCUCUCGAACGGCCUGACGGUGGCGACCGAGUCGCACGCGCACGCGCAGACGGCGACGGUGGGCGUGUGGAUCGACGCCGGCUCGCGCGCGGAGACGGCGCAGAACAACGGCACGGCGCACUUCCUGGAGCACAUGGCGUUCAAGGGCACGGGCAGGCGCACGCAGCACUCGCUCGAGCUCGAGGUCGAGAACCUCGGCGCGCACCUCAACGCGUACACCUCGCGCGAGCAGACCGUGUACUACGCCAAGAGCUUCCGCAAGGACGUGCCCCAGGCCGUCGACAUUAUCUCCGACAUUCUCCAGAAUUCGAAGCUGGAGGCCGGCGCUGUCGAGCGCGAGCGCGAUGUUAUUUUGCGCGAGCAGCAGGAGGUCGAGAAGCAGCAUGAGGAGGUCGUGUUUGACCACUUGCACGCCGUCGCUUUCCAGGGCCAACCGCUCGGGCGCACCAUCCUCGGUCCCGAGAAGAACAUCCGGUCCAUCACGCGCGACGACCUCGCGUCGUACAUCCAGACGAACUACAAGGCCGACCGCAUGGUGCUCGUCGGCGCCGGCGGCGUCGACCACUCCGAGCUCGUCAAGGCCGCAGAAAAGUCCUUCUCCACGCUCCCCACCUCGUCCGCGCCGCUCCCGCUCGGCCGCCAAUCGCACGCCAAGCCCAAGUUCGUCGGCUCCGAGGUCCGCAUCCGCGACGACUCGCUCCCCACGGCGCACCUCGCCAUCGCCGUCGAGGGCGUGGGCUGGAGCAGCCCGGACUACUACCCCAUGCUCGUGAUGCAGAGCAUCAUCGGCAACUGGGACCGCGCGCUCGGCAGCGCCGCGACGCUCGGGAGCAAGCUCAGCGAUAUCAUGUACCAGAACAACCUCGCGAACAGCUUUAUGAGCUUCAGCACGUCCUACUCCGACACGGGGCUGUGGGGCAUAUACCUCGUGACCGAGAACACGGCCAACAUGGACGACGUCGCGCAUUUCACGCUCAAGGAGUGGACGCGCUUGGCGAUUAACCCGACGUCUGUCGAGGUCGAGCGCGCGAAGAGCCAGCUCAAGGCGAGCUUGCUACUGGGAUUGGACGGCACGACGGCGAUUGCGGAGGAUAUUGGGAGGCAGCUUGUUACGAGUGGUGUGCGCUUGACGCCGGCGCAGAUUGAGGGCGCUAUCGACGCCGUCAGCCCGGAGCAGAUCAAGGCUGUUGCGCGCAAGUACAUCUGGGACAAGGACAUUGCCAUCGCCGCACUCGGCAGGAUCGAGGGCCUCCUCGACUACAACCGCAUCCGCGCCGACAUGUCCUCGCUCACGUACUAA